AAUUGCUCUCUAGUUUUAUUUUCUUCUUUCUGUCGUCCCUAGGCAUGCACCAGUUACAGUUAACUGUAAAACUGUAACUGUCAUAACUGUGUAACUGUUAUAACUGUAACUGUGAAAACUGUAACUGGUGCAUACCUAGUCGUCCCCAUUUUCUUGGCAAAAUAUGCACCUCGUGAUCUAGAGAACUGUGCAAGUUAGAAAAGUUCUGGAAAAGGUAGAAUAUUCUCCCAACAUUGGAGAUCGAUUAAUGCACAUUUUUUUUUCAACUAAAGGUCCAGAUUCGAUGCCAUAAGUGCCACAAGCGAAAGAAAAAUGUAUUUUGGACUUUGAAAUUUUUCGUGCAUUCAACUGUCCGGCGCCUAUUUUUUUUCAAGAGAAAUUUAAUGUCAAAGAAAACGUGACUUUGUUAAGAAUAGAAUUUUAAUACGAGAGAAGAAAAAUAGAUCUCUCUCUAUAAAAUAGAUCGCAGAGGAUGCUACAUAUGUUUUUUUUCAUCAAUAUCUUAACGAUUUAAAAAAAGCAUACUCAGUGUAUCUUUUGCUUUAAGAAAACAAUUUCCAGGAAAAGAUCGUAUAACUGUUGGACAAGUAAAAUAUGAUGAAAGUUUGAGACGGUUGAUGAGAAAUGAUAUAGUGUUUAGAUAUUUACAGCAUGUAAGAGGAAGUCCGCAGUACUGGCAGCAUGCCAGUUUGGCUACAUAAAACAGUUAAACACGCCUACAUUUUUUAUCACUCUUUCAUGUGCUGAUAUGUUUUGGCCCUAGUCGACCGAUCUUACGGCAAUUCUAUAGAAAUGUUAUAAGAAUCUUAUAUAAGGCAGUCGAAAAAAAAAGAAAGAUUUGUGCCACUACCAAAAUUAAUAGUCGACGAAAAUCAUUUUAAUAUUGUAUAUUUAAAUGUUGAAGGUCUUGUUCUUCAUUUUAAAGAUGUUUCUAAUCAUUAUAAUUUACUUCAUGCGAAUGUUCUUUGGCUUGUGAAAACAUGGCUAUCAAAUAGUAAUUAUGUUGAUGGUAUUCAACUGAACGGUUAUAACUUUAUUCAUCGCACUCGUCAGGAAUGUUUCGAAAGUACUCAUGCUCUUCAUACAUUAGGUCAUGGUGGUGUAGGUGUUUAUGUUAAAGAAGGUAUACCAUUUGAAUCAGUUCUACUUACAGAUUCAUUUAGUGUAGAAUGUAUGACUGUUCAUUUACCAACAAUAAAUUUGCAUGUUUUAGUGGUUUAUCGACAUGCCAAGCACAGCAAAACAGAUUUUUUAAGUGCUUUACAAUCGAUUACACACGUUAUUGGUGAAAAAAACCGUAUAAUAAUCGUAGCAGAUAUUAAUGAAAAUUCAUUGUCCGAUAAUAAAAGUCAUUUAAUUGAUGAAAGUUUUCUAGAAGUGAGAUUUCUAAAUUUAUUUCACGAUGUACCAACAACCAAUGAGUUUACUUGUAUCGAUAGAUGUUAUGUAAACUUUGAUGAUGAACAAUCUUUUCAUACAGUAUUUAUUCAUAAUUAUUACAGUUUUCAUGAAGAUUUUGGCAUUUCGGUGGCUCUUUAUAUAGCAAAUGAUGCUACUUUAACUGCCGAAUCUAAUGAAAUUGCAAAAAAAAUAACUAAUAAUAAUAAAUAA